AUGGAUAAGAGAACCAAGGUAUUCAUUUCUACUGCUGCUUCAUAUUGGUUCUUGUCGGUCAUGGCAAUUAUUGGUAGGUCUAGGAAAAGAAAACGAGUUGCAAUAAGGGAAGGGAUUACUUAUGCCCCAAUGUUUGAAAGGGAUAGGAAGAGGAUUGACUACCUGAAUGACGAAAUUUGGAGGAAUAACACAACUUGUGUAAAGAUGCUGAGAAUGAACAAAGCACGUUUCUUUCGGUUUUGUCAGUUGUUUAGAGAUCAUGCUUUACUUGAAGAUACCGUUCAUAUGUGUGUUGAGCAGCAAGUGACAAUGUUUCUAUAUACUGUUGGACAUAAUGUUAGGAAUAGAGUAAUUGCAACCAAUUUGGGUAGAUCCGGAGAAACGGUCAGUCGUUAUUUUGACAAAGUACUUCAUGCUAUUGGUGAGCUACGAGAGGAUUAUAUUAGUCCCCCUUCAUUGGACACUUCACCUCACAUAGAAGGAAACCCAAGGUGGGAUCCAUAUUUUAAGGAUUGUAAUGGAGCCAUUGAUGGUACACAUGUAAGAGCCACUGUUCCUAAGGAAAUGCAGCAUGCCUUUCGUGGUAGGAAGACCCACUGUACUCAAAAUGUAAUGGCAGCCGUAGAUUUUGAACAAAGGUUCACAUAUGUCUUGGUGGGAUGGGAGGGGACAGCACAUGAUGCACUAGUUUUACGAGAUGCUUUAGCACGUGAGAAUGGCCUUCGUGUGCCACAAGGCAAAUACUACCUUGUUGAUGUUGGAUAUGGAGCCAAACCAGGAUUUUUACCCCUUUUUCGUGGUGUACGCUACCACUUGAAUGAAUGGGGGAGUAAUCCAGUGCAAAAUGAGAAGGAAUUGUUUAACCAUAGGCACAGUUCAUUGAGAAUCAUCAUAGAGCAAGCAUUUGGAGCCCUAAAAAGGAGACUCAAAGUUCUUGAUGAUGCCUCUCCUUUUUUUCCAUUCCAAACACAAGUAGACAUUGUUGUUGCUUGUUGCAUCAUUCAUAAUUGGGUGAUUGAAGAUGGGAGGGAUGAAUUCAAUGUACCAGAUGACUCUGAUGAGGAAGCAACAACAUAUGCUGGGACUGAAAGUGAGAAUGCCAUUAUGGUCAGUUUUAGGCAAGGCUUGGCUGACCAAAUGUGGGCUGAUCGUCAGAACCAUAGGCACUAG